GCUCAUUCAACAUGUUUCACCAAUUCAUUGUUCUUUCCGCUCUGCUGAAAGGGGCUUAUUGCGUCCAGCCGGAAGCGCCACCGCCGAAAGCGGCUCCCCUGCGUGACCUUCCGUGGGCACAGCUCAACUUCUUGCACACCACCGACAUCCACGGCUGGUGGGGAGGCCACUUGCAAGAAGCAUCCUACUCGUCCGACUGGGGUGACUACGUCUCCUUUGCUCAGCAUCUGCGCGAAAAAGCAGAUGCAGAUGGAUCGGAUUUACUGCUGAUCGACACUGGAGACCGAGUCGAAGGCAACGCGAUCUACGAUUCCUCAAAGCCUCGGGGAAAGUUCACCUACGAGAUUGCCAAGGAGCAAAGCAUCGACCUUAUUUGCUCCGGAAACCACGAGCUUUACAAAGCCAAUACUGCUGAGGGUGAAUUUUUCCACACCGUGCCAGAUUUCAAGGGCAAUUACUUGGCUUCCAAUCUUGAUAUUUACAAUCCAAAAACCGGGAAACUGCAACCUUUGGCCCAGCGCUUCAAGAAGUUUACCACGAAGAACCAAGGAAUCCGCAUCCUAGCCUUUGGAUUUCUAUUUGAUUUCACGGGAAAUGCCAACAACAGUGUCGUUCAUAGAGUCGAAGAUACGGUCAAGGAAGAGUGGUUUACCGAAGCACUCAAAGACGCGGAAAUCGACCUCAUCAUUGUGUUUGGUCAUGUCGAUAUCCGCUCUGAAGAGUAUGCGCUACUCUUCUCUACUAUUCGCUCCUUGCAUUGGGACACGCCCAUCCAGUUCUUUGGAGGACAUACCCAUAUCCGUGACUACAAGAUCUUUGACGACAAGUCGGUAGCUCUUGAAAGCGGUCGGUACAUGGAGACGAUUGGCUUCAUGUCUAUUGAUGGGAUCAACGCAGGAGGAAAGAGAGAGGCAGCAUAUAGGUCUGAAAGCUCGAAGCUUACGUUUUCACGCCGCUACAUUGAUAACAAUUUGUUUUCCAUGCAGCACCACAGCGGCAAAGACAGCAAAUCCUUCCCAACCGAACACGGCAAGGAGGUGUCAAAAGCCAUCGGCGAUGCCCGAGAAUCGCUAGGUCUUGGAGAGGUGUAUGGCUGCGCGCCACAAGAUCUAUGGAUCAGCCGUAGGCCGUACCCACACAACGAGAGUAUUUUUACCUGGAUUGAGGAACAGCUCUUGCCCCAGGCGAUUGAAAAAUCCGGCCGUAUCCGUGAUGGAGGAAAGGCACUGGUUCUCACAAACACGGGUGCUAUCCGUUUCGACAUAUUCAAGGGUCCUUUUACCAAAGAUACCAAAUUCCUCGUCUCGCCAUUUACCAGCGCGAUUAGAUACAUCAAGGAUGUACCGUACAAGAAAGCAGCUCAAGUUCUGAAGCUACUCAAUAACGAGGGACCGAUUCUGAUGGAAAUGAUGGAAAGCAGAGCAUUGCUUCAGCCACCAGAGGUCUCGGCAGCAAAGUCCAGACCGCAUAUGCUUAGAACCUUCGAAGAUGCUUUUGCAAAGCCCGCACAAGGCCAAGCACCUCUCAGCAGCAUUGGAGACGAAGCCAAACCAUUUCCAGGCUACACUACAAAAGACGAUGCUGGUACAGAUGGCGAUGAUACAAUUCACGAGCCAAUCUCCUUCUAUCAGGUGCCAAACUGCAUCCAGUCAGCUGUUGGUUUCGAUCCUUCAAGCAAGAAAGAUCAGGAACCCGAGAUGGUUGACCUGAUGUACAAUCAGUUCAUUGAGAAAUGGGUUCUGUUGGCGUUGGAAUAUCUAGGUGAAACGCGUCAAGUGGAGGAUACGCUGGCGUUUGAUGAUGGAAAGAGCUUUACGGAUAUCAUGACAGAGUGGGUACAGGAACAUUGGGGCAAGGAUGGAGGAAAGUGUGAUGUUUGAUGAGUAGUAGAU